AUGGCGCAAUCCAACACCAGUAGACACCGCGUCGCCGCCGGCAGGGAAACCCAAUCCGUACGACAACCGCCGCCGCCACCGCCGUCGCUGGCGCCGACGGGAUUGAGGUCUCCACUGUUGCUGUUGGUUGUGCUGGCGGCGCUCGGCCCAGGGAUACCGCCGCCGGCACCCCCAGGGCCGGGGUCGGGAUCGGGGUCAGGCGGCCUCGCGCACGCCGGCUCCUGCUCUGCGGGCCCUGCCGUGGCCGCCGCCGCCACCCCCCGCGCCUCUGAAGGCCGCGGCGACUUGGAGGGAAUGGAAGGAGCUGCUGCAGUUUCCAUGGGCACCGUGGUCUCGGAGCAUCUGGCGGCAGCGGCUGGUGUGGCGGCAGCGCCUGCGGCGGUGGCUGUGUCUGGUGCAGUCGUGUGUGUUGGGGACGACGUCAUCUGCACGAGUCAGGUUUGCCCGUCGCGUCCGUCCGUUUUUCCUGGAGAGCACUUCGUAAUCGAUCACAUGCAGAAAUCGUCAGUAACUUUUACCAGAGCAGGUGUUAGCAACCAGACCAAGUCGCCGCCGCAGAUGCCCGGCGAGCUCCAAGGGUCGCCUGGCGAUCCAUGCAGGGGCGUCUGCAGUGAUGACCACGAGAAGAGCAUUAGGAAAUUUUGCGUGCAAGUUAAAAUUAAGCUUACAAGUUACCUUUUUAUUCAGGGACAGCACGACGUCCACAUCCGGCGAAAGCCCAACAGCUCGGCGCGUCUCUGCCAGCAGCCCCGCCCAGGUGCAGUGCUGAGGCAGCUCAAGCUUCCGAAAACGACCGAGCUGCGUUUCGUACAGGCGAGUCAGCUUUCCGCCCGCGGCGCAAGUAGCCGCAGGUUCGAGUCAACGUUUGAGUUCUUCCAGAUCUGCUUUGUCCAAUUCCAACUAACUCUUUAUAAUAACUAUGGGGGAUCCCGGCUUUCCGGCGCGGUCACAAUAUUCCGCUGUGCCUUCUGGUAUGCGCGUACACCCGUUGCCAGCUUCUUGCCAAGUACCCGCCGAUUCGUCAAAUCCAGUUACCAUCCAUUCAUGGACGAUGGCCUUAUACCCUGGACUAUUUGCCUAGUUAUUAAACUCCGGCCGAAGGCCGAGUCCAUGUCAGGCGUCGACGGGACGGCCCGGGCUUCAGCUUCUCCAUGGAUCCCAGUUUCUCUACUCGCUGCGGGGUCUCCCCAAGGCAUUGCGCUGCCACAGAUCAGCGCAUGCGUUGGAGUGGGGCCCGGUGCACAUGGUGUUUGCCGCGGCAGCUGACCUGGACACGUUUCUGUCCACCCUCAAGUACGUGGAGGUGGAGGAUAUGGCAGCUGGAGGCGGAGGUGGAGGGGCGGAGGGGACGGCAAGUGGAGCAGGAGCAGCAACACUACACCAGAUGAAUCCGGCUGCAGCAACAGCCUCCAUCACUACCGCUAUCACCACCACUACUACCACCACCGCUACUGCCCCAGCGGCCCCAGCAGGAGCCAUGCCUGCGGGGGAUGCCACACACACACAGGAGCCACAACCACCCUCCCUCGUAAGGGACGCCGCAUCCACUACCACCACUACCACAGCUGCCAGCGCCACGACGGAUACCAAUAAGAUCGGGGAGGAGGUGGAAGUGGAGACCGGGCUCGGAGGUGGUGCAGCAGCAACAACAACAACAACAGGAGCAACAGCAACAGCAGCGGGUUCCAGAGGACAGCAGAAGCACAACUCGACGCAUUGCGAGUGGCACCUGAAGGACUGCCAGCGAAGGGAGGCUCCGCCGGCGGAAGUGGCCCAGCAGCAGCAGCGCCAGCAGAAGCAGCAGCAGCUGGCGGCGGCCAGCCUGGUCGCGUUGGUGGGCCGCUGGUUCAACGACGGCGACUGGGGCGGUGGCGACGGCAGCAGUCGCGGCGACGGUGGUGGCGGUCUUAAUCAAGGGGAUGCGAGGGAGAUGGGCGCGCGGCGGCGGACGUGGCGGCAGUGGCGGGGAGGGCGUGUAGCGCAGCGCAGUAUUGGGGGCCGCUGCGGGAAAAUACUGAAGGAUAGUUAAUUGACGUGAUGAAGGAUGGGAUUCGUGCGUGCGUGUUUGCGUGGGUGGAAGGGGCCCCGCUGGGAUGACCUUCCCCUGGCGGGUGGAUGGAUGUGCAACAGGGGCUAAGGAAGAGAGGAGGAGAGGGGAGAUGAGGGAGGAGGAGAAGAAAGGAAAGGGGAGACGAGGAGGGGGAAAAAGGAGAGGAAGAAGGUUGACCAGCUACAGUAAAUAAUGCAGUAGUAGGAGUCCCUGAUGCGGCUCCGUCCCUCCAGGAAAUACAAAGAUGGGCGCACACUGAGCUGGUGUGUGGUUGCGUGGAUACCGUGGGGUGGGUGCACAUACACACACGUGCGCAUACAUGCAUACAUACAUAUAUACACGAACACACAAACCACGUGAUCUAAGAUCGCAAGCUAUUAAAAUACACCCUGACAAACGCUCAGGUAACACAUUGCGCAAGAGGCCAUGCAAGGGAGGAAAUAAGUGCGCCAACUCGAUGCAAACCUAUCCC